GAUUUCGUAUAGCUGUUUUCUUAGCAUUUUGAAUUUGGGUUGUUUUGUUACUGAAUUUUACGUGAAUUAUAGCUUUUUCAGGAUUGGGUCAAUCCUGGGUAAAAUUUGGUUCCAAAACUUAUUUGAAAGGGGCUGUUCCCAUUCCGCUUACAAAUCGCUACAAUCUGCUGAGUUGACGGUAUUAAAAAUAUUAACCCCAUUAAUUAUCUGUAGCAAUAAGUGACCAGUGUUUCGUCGAACAUUCAAAAACAGUCUCUAAACCUGUUAGAACGUCCUAAGCACGUGAAAAGAAGAUAUCACAUUCCAAUUUGUCUGCUUCCCACAACAAAUCGUCGGGGGACCUCCCCGACUGCAAGUCCCUUUUUUUCUUUUCUCAACAAAUUUUCAGGGACCUAUCUCCAGUUUCCUUCUCACUUCCUCUUCUCUCUCUCUAAUCAUCAUUUUUUCCUCCUCCCUUUCUUCUUUCCUCCUCCUCCUUCAGCAGAGGAUGACGCCUCUUGUAUUAGUGCCCUUCGACUGAAAUGGCAUCAAGUUCUGCAUGAGUUAAAUGAUUACACAUGGGGCAGGCUCAACUUCCAGGUCAACUGCAAGGCAUUUCGCACCCGUGCAUCUGGUUCUGGCAGAUAAAAUUCUAUUCUGAGCAAAGCUUUUGGGGCAUUGUUUACACUUGUAUGCUUUUUAAACACUGUGUUUGAGAUAAUGGCGGAAAAGACUGGUAUUAUGAGAAAAGGCUUGGGGGCACUGCUUGCAUUUAAAUGGCUUUUCACCUGUGUGCGUUCGAUUAUGGCUCCUCAGAGAGGAGCUUCGAGCAAAGGUUUGGGGGCACUCCUGGCAUUUAAAUGGCUUUUCACCAGUGUGCACAUGAUUGUGGCUUCGUAGAUCGGAAUUUCGAGCAAAGGCUAGGGGGCAAUGCUUGCACUUAAAUGGCUUUUCACCAGUGUGCGACCGAUUAUGGCUUCGUAGAUCGGAAUUUCGAGCAAAGGCUCGGGGGCACUCCUUGCACUUAAAUGGCUUUUCAUCAGUGUGUGUUUGAUUAUGGCUUCGUAGAUCAGAAUUUCGAGCAAAGGCUAGUGGGCACUGCUUGCACUUAAAUGGCUUUUUACCAGUGUGAAUUUGAAUAUGGCUUUGCAGAUGGGCAUUUACAGCAAAGACUUUGGGGCAAUGUAUGCACCUAAAUGGCUUUUCACCAGAGUGCAUUCGAGUAUGAUUUAUCAGAUUGGAACUUUGAGCAAAGGCUUGAGGACACAGCUUGCACUUAAAUGGUUUUUCACCAGUGUGCAUUCGAUUAUGCUUUCUCAAAGACGAAUUUUGAGCAAAGGCUUGGGGGCACUUCUUGCACAUAAAUGGCUUUUCACCAGUGUGCGUUCGAGUAUGGCUUUCCAGAUGGGAAUUUCGAGUAAAGGCUUGGGGGCACUGCUUGCACUUAAAUGGCUUUUCACCAGUGUGCAUUCGAUAAUGGCUUCGCAGAUGGGAAUUUUGAGCAAAGGUUUGAAGGCACUGCUUGCACUUAAAUGGCUUUUCACGAGUGUGCAAUCGAUUAUGGUUUUUCAGAAGGGAUUUGUAAGCAAAGGCUUGGGGGCACUGCUUGCAUUUAAAUGGCUUUUCACUGUAGUGCUUUUGAGUGUUGCCGAGCACUUGAGCAUUAGAGCCAGACUUGGGAGGAUGCUGGCACUUCGAUUGUUCAUCACCAUGGGCAGUCAGAUGGCUCACAAUUCCACGCUGAUCUCUGGUGACAUAGGUGCAGGAACAGCAUCCGAACCAGAUGUCCUCGGUGACUUUCAGUGGGUAGCUGGUCUCCCUCAACAAUGCAGCUCCAUCACCUAG